ACUGGGAAAAUGACUGGCGGGCUGCGCGCAGUCUAAGAUUUCGUAGAUUAAAUUAGUAUUUUAAACCCUUAGGUAACGCACAAAAAUACCGAUUACCGAUACCUUACCAGAAUUAUAUGUAUAAAGUUAUGAAAAAAAUAUCUUCGUUUUUCUUAUCUUUGUUAAGGGUUAAGUUUGCAUAUUUACGGUUGUUUAUUUUUAUGUGUUUUUUUAUUUAUUUGAUAAUUGUUAACAACAAUCCAAUUAAAAAUAGGUUAACUCGGUUCGAUAAGAAACACCAAAUUGAGUCAUAAAACUGUUCGUUAUAAUAAUAUUUUCAGUAUUAGUAAGUAAGAAGCUUUCGUAGACAUGCACAUGUGUAUCAAAAUAAUACUUAGUAUAUUUUUGAUCUUAUUAACUAUACAGGUACGGAUAGUGAAGGGCGCUGAAGAAAAACUUGAUGAGUCGGAUACUAUGGACCAGCCUGAAGAAGAGUGGCAUAUGGAUUUUAUGCCGACUGGAUAUCUCCCUGAUAGUGUAUACAGGGAACUCGCCUGGUAUGGAAUCCUUCAAAUUCAACCAUUACAUCACAGCACCAAGCAUAAAGUAGCCGCUCAGCUUAUUUGGCAGCAUACACUUGGCAGACCUCACGUAAUCAUGGAAAGUCCUCCACAGUCAACGCAAUCAGAAGGUAAAAUAAGUAGGCAGAUAUUAGCUGAAGAAGCAGCAAAAUGGUCGAGAGAACAACGCGCGGCGCAAGAAGUUUUAAUGGAAAAUAUCAAGAGUGGUGGAAAUGGACUCACCGUAAGGACUGUUAUAACCACUCAUCAUAAAACGACUUACAUUAUACAGAACGGAAAUUAUUUCGAAUGCCCAGAAGGUUCAGAACCAGAUCUUGAUGCUUAUCGUGUGCAAGCAAAUAUGCACGAACGAAAAUGUACGUUCGGUCACAAUUCAAGGCCAGUACCAGUGGAUCCUUGCAUUGAAGCAGAAGUUGCACCUAUAGAGUAUUCGUUCCAUGAAGGUUGGAUGUUCUGUCUUGGGAAUGGGGAGCGUGAGAAUAAUUAUUUUCAAAAUGGUACAUUGGAUUGCGGUAAUAAAACAAAGUUAUCAGUUAGCGACUUCUUGGAGCAAUGUGCAAUAGACAACAAUAUCGUUAUUAGUUUUGAUUAUUUUGGUGACGAACCUAGAAAGGACAUAAUGCACAAUGCAACUCUUUGCACCACUUGGGAUCCGUGUAAAUUGUCAUACUUGUACCGGCUUGAGCCACCGCCAGCUGAAUUAAGUCCAGCUUUCCCGACUGAAACCGAAAACCCUUGCGAUACUACUGUGUGCCCCGAGUGUGUUGUCGGGUAUACUGGCGAUGGGGGAGUGCCGAUGGAAUUGGGUGAUUAAAUGCUCAGUACUACUUGUUAGUAGGUAUAUUUAAAAAAAAAUUAAACUAGUAAAAUAUUAAUGUACAUAUAAAAUAAUUGAAAUUAAACUAAUAAAAUUUCAAAUUAAAA